AUGCAAGUUGCUCCACCUCCUCCUGGACCACCACCGCCGAGGGUUAUGAUUGAUGAGUGGAUGGAUCUGCGUGCAGGCGAUCCGUGGCCGGACAGAAUUCUCGUGAAAGCCCUUGAUAAGACACUGGACACAAUCCCUGGAGAAAACCCAGACCAGUAUGGAUUGGCUUUGGGUACGCUGGAGAGACCUGUUAUGUGCGUUUAUGAGUAA